AUGAGUUCUGCAACGGGUAGAUCACUAGAUGCCAAGAGUGCGACGAUCUGUGCUGCGUUGGAGAUCCCUGAAAGAGAAAAUAUCGGCCGCGUUCCAGUUAUUCAUGACAGGAUUCUGAUUCGCCUCCCGGACCCUAGAUCCGCCUGCCGCUGCAAAAUCGUCUGCCAGCUGUGGAGGUCCGUCAUCUCCGAUGCCUCCUUCAACCGCCGUUUCGUUUCUCACCGCCAGAUCAUGACUCCGGGCGAUCUCAAAUCCGUCGUCCUCAGCUUCCUCGCUCCGAUGCCUAAUGGGGUUAAAGACCGAGACGCGCUCAGAGUUUUGCACUGCGACAAGGACCUGGUUCUGUGCGGGUUUUGGGAUAAAGCUUGCGACAAUGGGGAACACAGCAGAUCGUACCUCGUCUGCAAUCCGUUCACGAAGCAGUGGCAUGAGAUUCUGAUUCGCCUCCCCGACGCUAGAUCCGCCUUCCGCUGCAAACCCGUCUGCCAGCUGUGGUUCUCCGUCAUGUCCGAUGCCUCCUUCAACCGCCGCUUCGUUUCUCACCGCCAGAUGAUGACCUCGGACGAUCUCAAAUCCAUGGUACUCUGCUUUCUCCCUCCCCACUUUCAUCAUUGUUAUGGAGUUAAAGACCGAGGCGCUCUCCAAGUUUUGGAUUGCGACAAGGACCUGGUUUUGUGCGGGUUUCGGGAUACAGAUUUCAAGGACAGGGCACAGACCAGAUCGUACCUGGUCUGCAAUCCGUUUACGAAGCAGUGUUAUGAUCUCCCCCCAGCGCCCAGGAAGUUGAUAAGGAUUCUAUCAGACUAG